UCCUUAUGCUAGAGACCUCCCCUGGCUAUAAAGAAAUUUCUACCACAAAAUAAAUACAGACUCUGCAUUUUUGGCGGUUAGAGAUCGUUAAGUGAUAACUAACCUUUUAUGCCACCGUUGUCGGAGACAGCUUCCUUGGCCACUCUUAUACAAAAAUGCACCACUGUCACCUCACUGAGGAAAGCGCGUCAAAUUCACGCUCUCAUCCUAACCACCACCACCACUGUCGAUGCCCAAACUCCCUAUCUGAACAACAACCUCCUCUCCAUGUACGCGCGGUUCAGCUCGCUCGGGGAGUCUCGGUUGGUGUUCGACAAAAUGCCUCAGCGAAGUCUUGUUUCGUUCAAUGCACUUAUCGCAGCAUAUUCUCGAGCGCCGGACCGUGCGGUUUUGGCGUUCGAAUUGCUUGCCCAAAUGGAAAGUGAGUUCCUGAGGCCAAAUGGCUCGACUUUCACGAGCUUGCUGCAAGCAUCUUCUUCGCUUGAGGACUGGUUGGCUGGCUCUUUGCUUCAUGCCCAAGUUGUGAAGUUUGGGUUCUUGAAUGAUGUUUGUGUUCAAACCUCUCUACUUGGGAUGUACUCGAACUGUGGGGAUUUGGAAUCUGCAAAAAGAGUUUUCAGGUUUAUAAAUGAUAAAGAUGUGGUAACUUGGAAUUCUAUCAUAUUUGGGAACUUAAAGAAUGAUAAACUCAAGGAGGGGCUUGAUAUCUUUGGUGGGAUGGUGAGGACGGGUGUUAUUCCCACUGAGUUUACGUAUUCAAUGGUUUUGAAUGCGUGUGGCAGAUUGGGAGAUUAUCACUGUGGACAACUUCUUCAUGCCCAAUUUAUUGUUUCAAAUGCGCUAGCUGAUUUACCUUUGCAAAAUGCCUUGCUUGACAUGUACUGUAAUUGUGGUGAUGCCCGAAAAGCAUUUAGUGUUUUUCGUAGGAUGGAAAAUCCGGAUUUGGUUUCAUGGAACUCAAUGAUUGCUGGGUAUUCAGAGAAUGAGGAAGGAGAGGAGGCCAUGGCUCUGUUUGUCCAGUUGCAGAAAAUGUCUCUUCCUAAACCAGAUGAGUAUACUUAUGCAGCCAUCAUAUCUGCGACUGGUGCAUUCCUAGCCUCUAAUUAUGGGAAACCUCUCCAUGCCCAAGUUACAAAAGCAGGAUUUGAGAGGAUUGUCUAUGUAGGAAGUACAAGUACACUGGUUUCGAUGUAUUUCAAAAAUGCUGAAGCUGAAUCUGCAGAAAAUGUCUUUAAUUGGGUUUUAGAGAAGGAUGUCGUUCUCUGGACCGAAAUGAUCAUAGGCCAUUCUAGAAUGGCUGAUGGGGGGAAUGCAAUUAAAUUCUUCGAUAGAAUGUGUCGGGAAGGCCUUAAGAUUGAUAGUUUUGUUCUCAGUGGAGCAUUGGGUGCAUGUGCGGACCUUGCAAUAUUGAAAAAAGGUGAAAUGAUUCAUUCCCAGGCCGUAAAAAGGGGAUAUGAUGCUGAAAUGUCUGUCUGUGGGAGUUUGGUAGAUAUGUAUGUCAAAAAUGGGGACCUCCGGUCUGCUCAAUCAAUAUUUUUCCAACUUCCAAACCCUGAUUUGAAGUGCUGGAACUCAAUGCUUGGAGGAUAUAGUCAUCAUGGAAUGGCAGUGGAGGCACUGCAGCUCUUUGAAGAAAUGCUGAAUCAUGGUAUGAGGCCAGAUCAAGUAACAUUUUUGUCUCUACUUUCUGCUUGUAACCACAGAGGGUUGAUAGAAACAGUAAAGUUCUUGUGGAAUUAUAUGAAGGAAAAUAGUCUAUCACCUGGCCCUAAGCACUAUUCUUGCAUGGUAAGUUUGCUAAGUCGAGCUGGAUUAUUGGACGAGGCAGAGGAAAUGAUAGCUGAAUCACCUUACAGAGAUAAUAAUCCAGAACUGUGGAGAACUUUGCUAAGCUCAUGUGUCAUCAAAAGAAAUAUGAGAAUAGGAGUUCAUGCAGCAGAACAAGUUCUAAGAUUGGAUGCAGAGGACGGUGCAACCCAUAUCUUGCUUUCUAAUCUUUAUGCGGCUGCAGGAAGAUGGGAUGAUGUUGCAGAAAUGAGACAAAAGAUACGGGGAUUGAUGUUGGAAAAGGAUCCCGGGCUAAGCUGGAUAGAGGCCAAGAAUGAUAUUCAUGCAUUUACCUCUGGGGACCAAAUGCACCCCAUGGCUGAUGAAGCCCAAGAUGAACUGCAUAGGCUACAACAGAACAUGAGAAGAUCGGAAACAGAAGAAUUUGAUGCAAGGAUUUAUUCUACGUAGGUUGCAGAGACUCAGACAAAGUAAGAGCUUGAAAUAUCAUUACUAAGCAUUGGUGUUGCAGAUUCCUUUUAUCAAGUUUGGAAAUUGACACAAUUUUUGUCUGCUUCAAGUAUAUUGAGCGAGUAAUGUUACUCUUUGCACAUAUUUA